AACCGUAGGUCGUUGCACGGUUUUCCUCUCCGCGGAGCAAGACGAGCUUGCUGCGGCUUUUUUGGUUCAGUCUGUAGGCUGUCUGAAGACUGAGAGCUCAACCAGGGGGUGGAGUAACAUUGCUCUUCUACUCCGCGGGACCAGACAUCAGCUGCAAUGUUGCUAUUGAGCUGAAAUAACACUAUUUGUUGACUGUAAUACAUGACAGCACGCAGCAGACAUGGAGCUUCACAAAUCCGUGACCUUGUGGAUAUUUUGUUUGUGCCUAAUUGGAGAGAGUGCAUCUGAAAAGCAAAGUUUCUUUUCACCAGAGAGUCAAAAUGGUGAAAACGGCCUGUCAGACUUUUGUCGUAUCGAUGAACCACUAUGCAAAGAGGACAACGCCGUUCUCACCUUUGAGGCCAUCUGUAAUAUCCAUAAGCAGAUGGAUGAUGAUGCAAACGGCAACGUAGACGUAGCAGAGACUGAUGGCUUCCUCCGAGAAGAUCUAAACUACCAUGACCCCAAAGCCAAGCAUAACAGUUUCCAUGGUGAUGACCAGUUUAUCAGUGUGGAGGACUUGUGGAACGCCUGGAAGGGUUCUGAAGUGUAUAAUUGGACAGUAGAUGAAGUGGUGGAAUGGCUCAUCAACUAUGUAGAAUUACCUCAGUAUGUGGAUGCAUUUCGCAAGCUGGCUUUCAAUGGAAGUAUUAUGCCAAGGCUGGCUGUGAAGAAUACCACUCUGACGGUCUCCAUUCUGAAGAUUCUGGACCGCAGCCAUGUGCAGAAACUACAGCUCAAAGCUUUGGACACGGUGCUUUUUGGACCACCCCUCAUGAAUCGACACAACCACCUGAAGGAUUUCAUGCUGGUGGUGUCGAUAGUGAUCGGAAUGGGGGGCUGCUGGUUUGCCUACAUCCAGAAUCGUUACUCAAAGGACCACAUGAAGAAGAUGAUGAAGGACUUGGAGGGUCUCCAGCGGGCUGAGCAGAGUUUGCAUGACCUGCAGCAGAAGCUGCAGAUUGCCCAGGAGGAGCAUCGGACGGUGGAAGUGGAGAAGGUGAACCUGGAGCAGAAGCUGAGAGACGAGAUAAACGCUGCGAAGCAAGAAGCUCAGCGACUGAGAGGGCUGCGAGAAGGCUCCGAGAACGAGCUGAGUCGGCAGAAGUAUGCAGAAGAAGAGCUGGAACAGGUGCGCAUGGCUCUAAAGAAAGCUGAGAAGGAACUGGAGUCUCGGAGCGGCUGGUCUCCUCCAGAAUCUCUUCAGAAGUGGCUGCAGCUCACCCAUGAGGUCGAGGUGCAGUACUACAACAUCAAGAAGCAAAAUGCCGAACGGCAGCUCCUGGUGGCCAAAGAGGGGGCAGAAAAGAUCAAGAAAAAGAGGAACACUCUCUUUGGGACGUUCCAUGUGGCUCACAGCUCCUCACUGGAUGAUGUGGACCACAAAAUCUUGGCUGCAAAACAAGCGCUUGGUGAGGUGACCGCCGCUCUGAGGGAACGGCUGCACCGCUGGGAGAAGAUUGAGAUCCUCACAGGUUUCACUAUCGUCAACAACCCGGGCCUUCCCUCGCUGGUCUCCACCCUCAACCUCGACUCCAGCUUCAUGGGCGGCAGAGCCACACCGCAGCACUUCGUCAUGUCUGACGACAUGGACGACUUGGACGAAGGCAUGAUGUCUGGAAUGCUGCAAUAUGGUACACUGCAGCAGAGGCGGCGAGUCGGUGACCUGUGGCCCAGUGCUUCAGAUUGCCAGUCCAUAAGGAAGUAUUCUGCUCCCAGUAUGAUGUCCCUGCGCCAACGCCACAUUGACCCCCAGCUGGCUUUGGGUUCCCAGAGGUUGGUAGAGAGUUCCCUGCUUGCGGGGCAGCAGGGAGAGGGCAACCCUUACCCGUCCAAGCCUAGGCCUGCCUUCAGACAGUCUCGAAGCCAUUCGUUCGGGCAACUCGAAUGUCUUCCCCUGCAAACUCUCUCCUCAGCUGUGUCUCACCCGUCGGUCAUCUGCUCUUUCAACCCAAUCCCUCAGUCUGUGCCGUCCUUGUCCUCUUCCUCCUCCUGCUUGCCCAGCACCGUUGCUGGCGGUGUUGCCCUUCAUUCCUCCCAUGUACAUCAUGCUGCUUUCCAGCCCAUGGACCCAAUUCCUGAUUUUAUCUCCAAAGUUCACUCCUCAUGCAGCGACAAUCUCGGGGACUUGAACCGCUCCGACUCCGACUCCUCGUUGUCCCUCUCACAAGUCGGCGAUCGGCUCUCGGCCUACGGCUCCAAAAGCCAUCUGAUCAAGCCCACCUCUCUGUUGUACGGCCUCUCCGGCCGGGCGGACGACACCAUCUCCCUGCACUCCAACGGAGGGAACCGGAUUUACGACGGCGGCGCCGCGGAGAACGUCUCCGGGAGCCCCAUCCUCAUGAAGGAGAUCCACCACAUGGAGAAGUCGCCCAGCCUGGGAGAGAUCAACAGCUUCUCCGAGUCUUCCCGAUCUUUCAGCCCCAACUCGACCGAGCCGGAUACGCCGUCUCCGACGGGCGGCCAGGCGGGAGCGGCGGCAGCGGCGGGGGGGAAGGGCAGCAGUCGCAUCCCGCAGCUGUCCUCCAAGAAGAGUCCUCUGGAGGAGGACAGCUGCUCUACUGGAGAAGAUACAGAUUCCGCCGUCAUCCGCAAGAAACACCCCUUCAAAAUCUUCAAGAAGCAGAAGAAAUGAGCAACAUGAACCAAAAGGCUGUCAAAGCUGCUUAACUGUAUUCCUCUAUUUGUCUCUUUUUUUUCUUCUUCUUCUUCUUCUUUUUGUAAUGUCUUGGGUUUAAUUGCGGUCAAAAAGAUGGCAGGCUACAUUUUACCAGUAGGUUCCGACGCCUGCGUUGGACUGAGGGAGCAACCCGCCGUCUGGCCUCCUCUGCUUGAUGGUCCAGCGUUCGAAGUGGAGCGCGGCGCGGCGCGGCAGGUCUGUACAGUGGAAUGUAAAGUAUUAUUUAUUCCUGCAGGAAGUUGUGCCAGUCUGAAAGGGAAGCAUUUCUCCCUCUGGAUUUCUUUAUUUUAGUUUCCCCCCCGCCCCUCGUUCUACAAUCUGACAUUUUGCAUGUCUUCACUUUUGUUUGACUGAUAUGCUCUUAGUGUUUGCUCGGUUCGUGUUGUUAUCCAGCGUAGAAAACACUCGAUGUUACUUUGAUUACUACCUAGCUGUCUAGCCUACCAAUUCAAAUGAAUGCACACAGUUUCUUGUGUUUUGUUCCUCUUUUAUUCUUUUUUUUUUUUUUUUACAACUUGCAAGUACAGAUUUUUCUGUCAUUUGUUGUCUAAAAGGGGGAAAAUAUGCAUUUAGGGGAACUUAAAACACAAUAGGAGGAGUGGUAGUUAGAGGUUUGCCUACACCAAAAUGUUACUAUUUAGACACAGUGUAACAGUAAAGACUUGUAGAUGGAGAAGAACAUCUGCUAAUGUUACAAAACGACAAUCACAUUUUAAGGAAAGGGCAUUUCUUUUUUUAAUGUUAAAUACUUUUUUCAUGCUGUACAAUAUUGGAAAGGUCCUGGAUAUCUGUUCUUUUUCUUGUUUUAAAGUCCAGCUUUAUUAAACAAUAACCACAGAUAAAAAAGAAAGUAUUCAAUGAAUUGAAACCUUACCUAUGCAUCUCAAUUAAAUUAACAUUGAAAAGUAAAUCCAAAACAUUUAGUUCUAGAUUUGAAGCUCAAAAGAACUAAACAGGGAUCAUUUUGAAUAAUUUAUUUCUGUUAAUUUCAGCUUCAUUGUUUCCAGCUAAUGAAAAUCCUCAAUUCUGUAUUUGAGACCGUAAAGUUUACAUAACAUUUGAUAAAUGGAAUCGGUUUCAAAACAGAAAUAUUACAUCAUGGCCAACACAAUUUUUUUUCUCCACCAUUCUGUUGUUGAUGCCAUCCAAAUGUAGGGUGGAGCACAGAAACUUAUUGCUGGCUGCUCUCAGUGCUUUGUCAAAGCAGGGCAGUGGAAGGUUGAGUGAAAGGAAAAAUGUGGCACCAAAUGAUGCAUAAACAAUUUAUUUGCUUCAAGCUAAACCCCUUCUUGCAUCUGGUUCAGAAAAUGUGUAACACAAGAAAUGCACCAGCUGUAACCUGGGUAGGCUACUGGUUUUGUAUGCAAGUAAUCUUAGCUUCACAAUCUUUAGCAAGAUUGCUUCACAAUCUAGUAACAAGUAGUAAUCCCUAAUUACUACUAGUUACUAGAGAUAAGUAGUAGCUAGCUCUUACUGAGUCUUUUUUCUGACAUUAUUUUCUUUCCAUUUGUCACAGUCAGGACUCUGAAGGAUUCAUUUAGAUAAAUAAAUCACAUCCAUUUUAGGGCAAUUCAUCUUUUUACAUACAAGGGAACCUUUGUGUUUGUGUGUUUCUGGUACGUCCAUAAAUCUGACCCACAACUGACAUCUGCAGUCAACAGUGGACGACAAAGCCACUUCUCUUGGCUCACUCUGGGCCAACAUUAGCUUCAAAAAAACUGAUGGAACGGGAAAAGACUGUCAUGGUGCUAGAAGGAGUUAGCCCAACAGUGAAGCUGUUCAAGCCAGAAAUAGCAUCUCGGUGCUAAACAUGUAGCAGCAGCGCAGACGUCACCAGUACCACCGUCAACGACCACGAGUGAAACACUGGAAAGCAGAACAGCACUUUGCACCAGUUCAGAUUAAAGACAAUUGUUAUUGAGCUGUCUGUUUACUUAUUCAAUAAUUACAACAAGUAAUUAAUAAUUAAUGAACUAUUGAAAAUUUGAAUCGAGUCCCACCACUAGUUGAUAUGAUAUGCUUGCACUCUGAGCAGCCAGCGUUUGUAAGUAACGAUACUUUGUUACCAACGUCUCCUACACAGCUGACCUUCCAGUGAAUUUUCAGUCCUUAGCAUUUGUUGUGCUAUAAAAAAAAUACUUCUAGUCAAAUUUCUUGAGAAGCUGGAUUUAGGGUUUUCAUCAGCUAUGAUUCAUAAUAAAAAAAAACAAUUGAAGAACCAGUUGAAGUAUAACAGUGUGUGGAUGAAUUCUCUGCUUGGUAACAUUCGGAUGAAGGCGAUGAGAUCAAAUGUCACAUUUUUGAUCAGUUCUAUUAGAAAGGCAAAACUUUAAACGGCUUCUGCUCUUUUCUGUCUUACUGGUCCCCCUUUUUCCCACUUUAGUUCAAUGUAACGAAAAAGUAAGUAGUAAUAGUUGUUGGUAAGGGCUACCAUUACAAGGAUAUGUAUUUGCUUAGCUGAAAAAAAAAAUUACCGUUUAAGAUGACUUUUUUUUAUAAAAGACUACAAGGUGUGGAGGCAAAACAACCAAUCGUGUAAAAGUGCCAAAUCUCUGAUUUCGUCAGAGGCCUUCGUAUUCGUGUUGUGUUCGAUCCAGAACCCAGAGCUCCACGAUGUGCGCCGUGCCCGCACGUCCCGAGUUUAGACGCUGAAUGUCCCAGGGUAUCAUUACUGUAACAGUACCGUAGGUACAACAUGUUUACAUUUGUUACAGGUGAGUUCAAUUCUCAGAUUAUUUACAACACAGAAUGUGGUGCCAGUUUUUAAUGCAAGUCGCUUGGUUUUAAGCACAGAGCUAUGCAUCAGUAGUUGUAGUUGAUUUCUGACGUAGUGAGGGCGCCGGUCAUUUUUAGGGCGCUUCUGUUAAAUGAUCAACCAAAAAGUGCUGCAGAAGACAGGUCGUCUCUCCCCGGCCCCGCCUCGGCCUCAUCAUGUAACCGGUGGUUUGGAUGCAGAAGAAAUGUUUCAGUUACUUAUUUAAGAGACCAGAUUGAAGACAUUCUUGCUGGUACUUCUUGGUGUCUUUUCUACCUUUCUCCUUUUUGUUCUGUUUAGUUUUAUUUUGGGUUUGUUUUUAUUUUCUCUGCACGACGGCUGUAAAUUGAAAAUGCCAUCUGAGUGCGCGCGGGUGUGUGUCCGGGUGUCUGUCUCCUCCCAGUAUAUUGCACUGUAAUGUUGAUGCAUGUCAACUACCAUAACAAAGCCUAUAUUGGGUUAAAAGAAUGGAUCAGCUUCAACUCUAACCUUGCUACUCAACUUUUCUUCUCAUUUUUGAGCUUAUAUUUAUGAAUACAUGCAGUAUAUUUGUACAGAGAAAAAUGAUAAUUUUGCAUCUGUGGUGGUCUAGACUUUGAUGGCACUCUUGCAUGAUAGCAAUAAACUAUUUUGAA